CUGAAGGUGGCAGAGACCGUAAUGGUAAUGCCUCUAUCUCCGGGACCUCACCUCCCACGCCCCUUCCCACAAUCUCCGCUCCCCUCUGGCCAGGACUGUACGCUGCUGCCUUGGUUCUAAAGUGCGUCACGGACGGGCACCGGCUGUGCUGCUCCACCGGCCUGGGUGAGGUUGGCGCCGGGCCAGCGCAGGCUGAGCCAGCCCCUCUUGGCCAUCACCCCGCCUAGAGACACCGGCGUGGAAAGCGCUCAAGCUGCGCAGCAUCGGGGUCACUGCUGGAGACGCUCUCCGUUUUGGGCUCGGCGCCCCCGAUCGGCCUCGGCCAUGCUCCGGAGCACGAGGUGACACCCCCUAAACUCCCUAGGCUCCCUAGGUUCAUGGAGCCAGGAAGAUUUCUUCUGAAGAAACUACGCCUCGGCCUCCCUGGGAUCCUCGCCCCGCCCCGGGUCUCCGCCCCCUCCCCUUGGCUGGGGAUCCCGGACCCGGCGGCGACCGCCUAAGAAGCUCCAGCAGCCUGGACCAGGAGGCGGCAGGGGACCAGGAGCCGGUGGCUACGGACUCGCCUCGCCAUGUGACGCGGUCCUCCUGCCUACGAUCCCAGCGCCCGCGCCCAGCCGCGCUGCGCAUCAUGCUCCUGCCGGGACACCCGCGUCCGCCUCCUGCGCCCCAAUCGGCGCAGAAUCAGGGCCUCCGCAGGCAGGUAGAGCCUCCGGGGCAGCUUCUGCGCCUAUUCUACUGCACGGUCCUAGUGUGCUCCAAAGAGACCUCCGCGCUCACAGAUUUCUCUGGUUACUUAACCAAACUUCUGCAAAACCACACCGCCUAUGCCUGUGACGGGGACUAUUUGAAUCUACAGUGCCCUCGGCAUUCAACAAUAAGUGUCCAGUCGGCAUUUUAUGGGCAAGAUUACCAAAUGUGUAGUUCCCAGGAGCCCACCUCCCAGAGGGAAGACAACCUGACCUGUGUGGCAUCCACCACUUUGCAGAAGGUGCUGGACGAGUGCCAGAACCAGCGGGCCUGCCACCUCCUGGUCAAUAGCCGAGUCUUUGGACCUGACCUUUGUCCAGGAAGCAGUAAAUACCUCCUGGUCUCCUUUAAAUGCCAACCUAGGCCUUAUGAUCAGCCCUCUGCAAGCUCUAAGAAAUCCCUCUUCAUGGAGCGGGUCUCAGUUCCAGACACCUGGGAUGUGCCUGCAACAAGCCCAGGGGAUGAGUUGAAAAACAAGACAGUGUGUGAAAACCAGGAGCUGAAGCUACACUGCCAUGAGUCCAAGUUCCUCAAUAUCUAUUCUGCCGCCUAUGGCAGGAGGACCCAGCAAAGAGACAUCUGCUCCUCCGGGGCAGACCUGCUGCCCCCUUUCGACUGCCUGUCUUACACGGCUUUACAAGUCCUGUCCAGGAGGUGCUAUGGGAAACAGAGAUGUAAGGUCCUCGUCGAUAAUUACCACUUCGGAAGCCCCUGUCUUCCAGGAGUGAAAAAAUACCUCACUGUUGCCUACGCAUGUGUUCCCAAAAACAUACUCACGGCAGUUGAUCCAGCUGUUGCUAAUCUAAAUCCUUCUCUGAAGAAAGACGACGAAUACGGUGUAAAAUUCAACCCAAGUGGGUCGAGGGUUGUGCGGAAAGAUGGCGUUAUCGUCAGCAACUCUCUGGCCGCAUUCGCUUACAUUCGAGCCCACCCCGAGAGAGCCGCUCUGCUGUUCAUGUCCAGUGUCUGCAUCGGCCUGCUCCUCACACUGUGCGCCCUGGUCAUCAGAGUGUCCUGUACCAAGGACUUCCGGGAGCUGAGGCAGGGGAGGGAGCACCUGGUGCUAGGGAGCGACAAGGCAGAGGAGGACAGUGAGGAGGACGUGGAAGAGGAGGACUCCUCGGAUUCUGAGUUUCCCGAGGAGUUGUCCAGGUUUUGUAGGACUUCAUAUCCAGCCUAUAGCUCUAUAGAAGCCGCCGAGCUGGCGGAAAGGAUUGAACGCAGGGAGCAAGUCAUUCAAGAAAUAUGGAUGAACAGUGGCCUGGACUCUUCGCUCCCCAGGAACGUGGGCCACUUCUACUGAAAACAGAUACAUCUGGAUGAGAUCUCUGAAGAAGGAAGGGUCCAGAAUGCGCUGUCUCCCCCACCCUCUCCAGUUCCACUUGUACCUUCUGUGAAGGAGAAUCUGUCCUGUCAUCCGAGAUGGGUGAAGCCGGAAAGCUGUCAAAGGGACGUCUUACUGUUUACAGCACACCCUGGAAUAAAUUGGGAGGAAGCCGUGGUGUCUUGCAA